AUGGCAGUUGCUGCUUCAGGAAAUUCAAUAAAUUUCUGGAAACAGCCUUGGAUUCCUUGGAUGGAAUAUAGGGAAUUUCGUGAGCUGAUGCAACAGCUUCAAACCCAAAGGUAUACCAUAAGAAGCCUGGCAGAUGUCUCGGUAGGAAAUGAAUGGAAUGCGGAGAUGAUUCUUCAGAUCUUUGGUCAAGAACUUGGGGGGAGGAUCCUUCACAUCCCUAGAAUUCCUCGGCCGUUUACUGAUCAAGUUUAUUGGAAGAAUAACCAGAAUGGUAAGUUUACAGUCAAAUCCGCCUACGUGGUGGAUCAGGAUUGGAGAUUUGGUCCAGUCCGUAGCAUCUGGAAGUGGAUUUGGAAUGGGAAGAUUCAUCCUAGGAUAUCGAUUUUCCUUUGGAGAAUCUUGAAUGAAGCAAUUCCAACUAGGGACCGACUGCCUUUUGUUGUCAACAAAGAUUGCAGCCUUUGUGGAAUGGAAGGAGAAACUGCUCUGCAUCUUUUCAGAAAUUGUGGCUUUGCAAAGGCCUUAUGGUUGGGAAGUUUGUAUCCUUUGAGGAUAGACUAUAUCCCAGGGGACUCUAUGGCAAGUUAUUUGGAGAACUUAAUCUCAAUACUCCCUAAUGUCAAUAGAGAUGACUUUGUUAACUACUUUGGAUGUAUGUGCAUUGAGAUUUGGAACCAGAGAAAUGCUCUUUGCAUUCGAUCUGUUUUAGCAGUUCCUGCAACAGCUCUACUCAAUGUAGGAAAGGCUCUAAGGGAUUUUAAGAUGUUGGUGGAUGAGCCUUUUGAGGUGACUGAUGAAUUAUCUUCUAUUCCUGAAGGAAAUUACCAUCAGAACCUAGAUUACAAGUUCUGCAAAGAGAAAGUCCUGUUUGUUUUCUUCACUGACGCUUCUUGGGAUAAGGGGGAGGCCGGCCUUGCUGCCAUAAGGAUAAAUCUCCUUAAUGGAACCUGGUCUGUCAAAGCUCGAAGAUCAAAAGCUGCCUCAGUUCUGGAGGCUGAGGUUAGAGCAAUUGAAAUGGCGAUGCAGUGGGCAAUCGCAGAUGGCUGUCAAGAAGUCCUCAUUCUCUCAGACUCCAAAACAGCCGUGAUUGCUUUUGAUUCCAAAGUUGGGUGUCCAGAUUGGAAGAUUGCCAAUUUGUUUUUUUCAGUUUUUAAUUUAUCUAGAAGGUUGUUAGUGUGUAAGUUUAUCUUUAUUAAUCGUAGUUUAAACGCUGAGGCGGAUGGUAUAGCCAAGAAGGCUAGGUUUUCUAGUGUUUAUGAUGUUCUGUACCAAGGGGAGGGAGUACCCCCUGUUAUUCCCAUCCUUUUUCUUUAG